UCUUCCGCCAGAGAGAGGAGUUCUCUCUUUUCUCCACUCCAAAUCUCCACCAGUUCAUAAUUUCGUCCCAUUGGUUCAACCGUUCAAGGCAAGGCAAAGGUUAUUAAAGCAUCUGAGCUUGUAUUAGGGUUUUGAAAUCUCAAAAUCAAAACCCUAAUCCAAACUCAGGAAAAGCAGAUCUAGGUUUUGAAGUGUUGAUAUUUGAAUCUUCAGAUAUCUAAGUGUUCAUCUUCUAGUUCUAACUCCAUAAUUUCAUCAAAAUGUCAGACAAUAUAGCAUUAGAGGAUUCUCGUGAGAACUUGGACAUUGCAACUGGUGCUAGUGCUAAUAUCUUCGAGAUCCUUGGGAAUGCUUUCUUCGAAACUGAUGCGGAUAUGAUAUCGGAUUCCUUCCUCUGUUGUCAGUAUCAUGGCCCCGUUUGCAAAAUGUUAAUGGAAUUGCCUGCCUUUCAACCUCAAGCAAGCAAAGCUGAGCAGGGAUCAACCUUCUGUGAAAGUAGGACAACUAAUUAAGAAGAAAUAAUUAGUGGCCCAUAUAAAACAGAAAAUGCCAGCUUGUACAUUUAUUACCAGCGUCUGACAUCGUCGGCCGGUGAGGACCUAGAGCUCAGCAACCAUGUGAAAUGUGUCCCUUAAAAUCUCUCGACAUCAAAGAUAUGAUGAUGCCGUCUACUGGUGGGGUUAAAAAUUAGAUGAGCAAUGCUAAAAGGACACUCGUUAAUUGCACUCUCCAACUAACAUUUUCACUUUCAUUCCAGUAAAGCUAAGCAGGGAAC